AUGCUGAUGCUCAAGAGAAGAGGAGCGCUUGUCCUUAUGCAGGACGAAGUGGUCUCUGAUACUCCCAGAGAGUAUUUCCCUCGUGCUGGUAGUGGUGCAGCUCCAGGCAAAAAGGGUGUCAUGUUCAUGAACAGAAUUGCACCAUCCGUAUCCACUCUAUACAUCGCCAAUGCAGAUGGAAGCAAUGAACGUGAACUUCUCGGAAACAGCUCUUCCUACGAUUAUCACGGAAACUUCAGUCCUGAUGGAAAGUAUGUUAUCUUCACCACUGAACGUAACGGAGAUGGACAAUCGGAUAUCUACAGAGUCAAGAUUGAUGGUACCGGAUUGGAAUCUUUGGUGAAAACACCAUCUUUCGAAGAUGCAGGUGUACUUUCGCCUGAUGGAACAACACUUGCUUAUGUAUCCACCCAAGGAAACUUCACAGCAAAUAUCUGGGUUAAGGAUCUCACUACAGGAGUUGCCUUUAACCUAACCAACACACCUACCACAGCUGGUGACAAUGCCCUUCCAGAUGGUCAUUUUCGUCCUUCUUUCUCGCCCGAUGGAGAGUGGAUUGCCUUUUCCUCCGACCGUAACACCGCCUGGACCGGACAUAGCAACGGUACCGGUUGGGAACACACCCAAGAACUUUCCGUCUACAAGAUCCGACCAAACGGAUCCGACUUCUCCCAAGUUGUCACCAAAGCUGGUUACUCUCUUGGAUCGCCAAAAUGGAGCCCAGACGGAUCCCGAAUUAUCUUCUAUGAGAUGACUAGAGAGAACACCUACAACGCCCACAUGACUUCUGUCGACAGUGCUGAGACACAAAUCGCAUCCGUAGAUGUUGCUACCGACUCGAUUAUGUUUACCAUACCUCUGGAGUUGGAUGCAAGUCAAUGGUCAAUUCGUAACUGCCGAUGUUGUCGGUUUCAAUACCAAGGGUUCAACUGA